AUGACUACAAAUCUGUUAACCGAGCCACACUUCGCACCACAAUAUAGAGGACCUUAUAAAGACAUAGUCAAACUACUUCUCAGCCACUCCUCAAGUACUACUGAUCUUGAACGUAUAGCUACCAACUUUCUUUCUUCACAGCGUAAUGCAAGUCAGGAUUAUUAUGAUUUCACCUCAGGAAUUAUGUUAUUUUAUAUGCUCCACUAUACUAGCUUUAUGAAAAUUGGGUCAAAGGAUGCUGGGAAAAAAGCAAAGAUAGAAUGGGUUAGGACAUUGAUUCAAGUGUUUCUAAAACAAGAAUUUCUUGGAACUAUCUGUUUGGGUGGAUUAUUGAAAGGGUACCAAAUGGUGAAACCUCAAAGCAAAAGACAUAUAAUAGGUGAUCUUAUUGCCGAAGUUGAGGAUGCCCUUUUGGCUAGUAUUGAUGCUCAAAUUGAUUUUAUCAAAGGAGAUCAAUCGUUAGAUCUUGUUGAAAUUAUUGGCCAAUAUCAAGAAGAUUCGAAGAAAGAAAUAAUCACAUAUAUAUGUGGGCAAUGUUUUUCUUCGAUUCCUCCUUCACAAAUGGCAAAACUUAAUUCAAAGGGAAUCGUAUUACGAAUUAUCAUUCAAGUCGUGUUUGGUGGCCCACAAGUAUUUCAAAACGGAAUGUUCAUUAGUCAUGUUAUAAAUGAUAUGCGUAAUAAUGAAGGAAGUUUGACAAAAAAAUGGACUAAAUCCACACCAUCAUACAAGCUCCUUCAAGCAAAAUGUUCCGGCAUACUUUUUAAAGAACAACCUAAAAUAUCUUUAGGAAUGGCUAAGUUAAUUCAAGUUGUUGAAAAAGAGGAUAUCUCUAUUCUGCUAUCAAAUAUUUAUUUUUUUGCCUAUCUGUUAUUCACUUGGUGGGAGUUAUGUCCUUUGAAUUUGAUUGGAAAAGAAGAAUAUUUAGACAAUGAAACGAAGGAAGCUAUACCCAUUUUAUGGCAAAUUUUCAGACAAUGCAUAUUUUCUGUGACAAUGAUAUUCAUACAUAUUAUAGACAGAUCAUAUCUUGAACCUGAAAUUUAUGGAGAACAAGAAAGAAUAUUGAUCAUUAAUACGUAUUCUUAUCUAUAUUUCAUAUCAUCUCGAUUUGCUCUAUAUGGCUUCCCUGGACACAAGAGAGUGUUUUUUUCAGUCUUAGAUAGAGUUUUAGAUGAUGAAUCAGAACCAAAAAUUGUUAUCAAGAUCUGCAGACCAUCAUUUGGAAACACGCCAACACAAAGAAGUAGAAUAACGUACUAUCUGUUGUUAAUAGAAAGUCUUAUGAGAGCGUUAGAUGACGAUACCGUUGAACAAAACGUUUUGCCUUUUAUUUAUCCAUAUCUCAAGGACAAUUCCGACAUCCAUUUAUUUGAGUCUGCACAUUCUGCAAUGCUCGCUAUAUUCUCCAAUAUGAAGAGAGUGGCGAAUGAAUUGGCUCCAUUUUAUUGCAGCUUGUUACUUGAGAGUUACCCAACACUUAUUCAUGUUUCCCAAUUACGAAUUGCCUAUACUACAAUUAUCAAGUCUUUAUCAAAUACAGACAAUGCAAUAACUUUUUUAUGUUUAGAAAAACUGAUCAAAAAAAUCGAAGAUACACCUCUUUCUGCUUCAUCAGAUACUGAUAAAUCCAAGAAAAUAUUACCUACUAAAUCAUCUUCAUAUGGGCCACAAAAUGAAAAUACUUUAAAGACUUCUGACAAAGAAGAUAACGAAAUUCAAUCAAUUGCAUCACGUCUUAAUCGAGGCCAUUUACUUUUAACAUUAAUAGACCAAAUUCAAUCUGUUAACCUUAUUUUAUUGGAAACUUUGUUGAUAAAAAUUAAAUAUUUUUUACAAGCUGAACAAGAAGGGAUUGGAAAACAUGCAAUAAAGAAAGCUUUAUUUAAUGCAUUAAGUGCAGGGUUGGAUUAUACAAAAAAAGACACUGGUGUUAAAUGGUGGUUAUCAGAAGGACCCAAACUUUGA